GCUCUAUACGAUUGGCCCAUAAACCCAUUCUCACGACUGUUAGCCAAUGAAAAUUGACGUACUUCCAACUAAUAGGGAAUGUUUAGCGGAAAAUACGAAAUACCGGAAGUUCACCAAAACCGAAACAAAAAAUUUAAUUUCUGUUUAAGUAAGAUUGGGUAUAAACAUUUAGAAAUAUGCCAAGAGCUAAGGCAGCAGGAGGGACUGCAGCCAAAAAACCAAGGGCACCCAAAGCACACAAGCUAGCUGAGAAAUUUCCAAAUGGAGAACUUCUGCGAGAUUUAUGUAAAAAGAACUGGAGACUUGGGGAUGUCAUUGGGCAGGGAGGUUUUGGACUUAUAUAUUUAGCGUCUGACAAAGACUGUGCUAAAGUAGGCCCAGAUGCAGAAUAUGUUGUUAAAAUUGAGCCAAUUGCCAAUGGACCACUAUUCUGUGAGCUUCAUUUCUAUCAGAGAGUUGCCAAACCAGAUCUGAUUGAGGAUUGGAUAAAGAGUAGGAAAUUAAAAUAUCUAGGUGUACCCAGAUAUGUAGCAAGUGGUCAGCAUGACUAUAAAGGUGUAACCUAUAGAUUUAUGGUAAUGGAAAGAUUUAGCACAGAUUUACAAAAGGUGUUUGAAGAAGCUGGUAAAGUCUUCUCGAAACAGACUGUGUACGCACUAGCUCUGAGAAUGAUAGAUGCCCUGGAAUACCUUCAUGAAAAUCACUAUAUACAUGCUGACAUCAAAGCCUCCAACUGUCUCCUUGGUUACAAGAAGGGAAAAACAGAUGCAGAUACCAUACAUCUAGUUGACUUUGGUCUAGCAGCAAAAUAUGCCCCAGGUGGUACACACAGGGAUUACAAGGAAGAUCCUAGAAAAGCCCAUGAUGGUACUGUUGAGUUCACAUCCAUAGAUGCUCAUAAAGGUGUAGAUGGGGCAAGGAGGUCUGACAUGGAGAUCCUUGGAUUUUGUUUAUUACAAUGGCUAUGUAGUAAACUACCUUGGGAAGAUAAACUAGGAGAUAAAAACUAUGUUAGGGAUGCUAAAAUCAAAUACAUGAAUGAUAUUCAAGGUUUAAUGAAGAAAUGUUUUCCCAGUGGAAAUGCCCCAGUUGAAAUAACAACAUACCUUACAAUGGUACAGAAAAUGAGUUAUGAUGAGAAGCCUAAUUACAAUAAAAUGAGAGAAAUCUUCCAGAAAGGUCUCAAUAGUUUAGGGAUUAAGGACCAGUGGAAACUGGCCCUCCCUCUUGGUGGUGCUUCAGGAAAAGCCUCACCUAAGAAAGCUGUAAAAAGAACACUAAAAGAUUCCGAUAUAGAUUCACCUGUGAUAAAGAUGAAGGCCAAGGCUGCAUCCCCUAGACCCGGCACUCCCAAAGCUGGUUCACGACCUGGAACUCCUAGAACAACUGCACAGAAAGCUACACCUAAAGCAGUGGCACAGAAAAAACCUUCAACUCCAAAACAAACAGCCAGGGCCACAUCUGCUGCAAGGAAAGCUACCAGCAUUAAAACAGAAGCAAAGUCACCACGUGGGCGAUCACCAGCAGCAGUAAAGGCCCGUGCAGUUGGUGCUAAAGCAAUAGCAGGAACCUUGUCACCUUUAGCUUCACCUGAUAGAGGGAGGGCAUUGAAUGGAACAGCAAGGAGCAGAGUGAAACAAAGAGUUCAGUCACCUGCAGCAGAUUCUCCUGCACCAAAGAAAAGGAAAGUUGUCAGACGGAAAGAUGUUCAAAUGUCAGAAAUAGCUGUGCAGACAUCUCCCGGACUUAAGAAAAACAGAUGACUACUAAAUUGUAGUCUCAGUUAAGAUAGGGACCAACACUGUUUACAUGUUUCUCCUGUGAAACAAACUUAAAGCUGUACAAACCCAGCUUACUGACUAAUCAAUUAAUGUUAACAAUUAGAACGAUUCAGUUAUAUUUUGAUCUUAUAUUUCUUGUUUAUAUUUUAAGGAAUUAACAGGGAUAUAUACAUAAAAAUUGACCUGUUUACAAUGAACAUGUUACUAACAUUAUGAAAAAGAAAUGGUGAUUAAAAUCAUUUGUUUGUGUUAUACAUGUAAGCAUUUGCUUAAUAUGGAAAGAUUUGAUAGAUUUCAUGUUUUGAAUGCAUGUGUUUAGAUACUGACAAAUAAAGAGAUUACUUCAGCAAUUUUUUAUUUUAAAUGUCAAAUAGUUACAUUAUUUUAAGUUUUUAACAAUGUUUUAGCAUACUCAUUUUGACAUUUCUUUAUUAAUUUUAUAUAAAAAAAAUACAGUAAACUUAUUAACACUUUAUCAUUGAAAAAGAUGGACAUAAAAAAUGGUUAGGUUCAACAAAUAAAAUGCAUUUGACACAGGUAUAUUUUACUGGAAUGGGACAGUGCUCUUCAAAUUACAGUUUUAAGCUUACCGUACUAAAUAUUUUCUAUUUCAUCAAUUACUAAAGCAGAAAAUAAUUGUAUAUUUUGAUACUACUUGUAACCACCAGUCAAAUUUCUUAUAUUUUUGGAAUAUUAUAAAAUAAAUUACAGUUUUUUUUCUUAUCAUGUUUUUGUUACUUUGGCUUACUAAUAAACUGAUCUAUUUGCCAUCUUGAAUAAUAAAGUAUAAACUUAA